AUGCCCGAGAAAAUAUACCAUGAACCUUGCAGACAAGACGGUCAUCAGUCUCCAGAGAAAAUGCAUCAGAAACCAGAAUUAUUUUCAGGUUCAGAGAAGAGUCAACAAAGGGUGGCACGUUCAUCCAUAUUGAAGUUAAUGGGAAGUGUUGGACCACAGUUGGCGGCAAUUGCAAGUUGGAUGGGAGAGAAGCUGGAAGAAGUGAGGUACAAGUGCGAUGCAGUGGAAGAAGUGAAGUCGGGCAAGUUGCACUACUACAGGGAAACAAAAGUGCAAUACUGGCAGAAGGCGCGCGAAAGUUUAGAGGAAGGAGAAUCCAGCGCAAUUGAAGAGCUCAUUGUUGAUGAUCAGGAUCAAUCAGGCCCAAACCGUCUGAUUUGCGUGGCAGACAGAGAAGCGGCCAGCCAGGGCUACCAAAACCCAGUCACAGAAACAAGCGAAUAUGAGUGCGAAUGGCAGCAAAGAAAGAUAGCAGUGCAGGAGUCACGUAUAGCAUAUGCCAUACUGAGCUGA